AUGAACGCUGUGCAUCUUUGGCUGGAGCAAAGCCUGAAGCCAGACUCCACCCUUCCCUCCAGGCUGCCUUCCAAGGGGCCUUCAUCAUUUCCGAGGGGGAAACGGGAGCUAACAAACCUGAGAAUCAGCUCAGCUGCAGAGGCUUGGCUCCACACUGACCUGGUUCCUCCCCUUUGGCAGUCCCUCUCCACGUGCUCCAAGGAGAUCCCUGGGCCAACUUCCGGGUCGCGCUUUGAUGACGACGGCAGCCCUAGAGGGACAAAGCGCGCAGCAUGUGGCCUCUUUCUCCUCCCUGCCUUUCGCUCUAGCGCCCCCUGGAGGGCAUGGGGGCCCUGCAAGUCAAAGCCAGAGGCUCUGUCCGCUUGGCGAUGGAGGCGAUGCUUGCGGCGCUGCAGCUCAAGGGUCCCUGGGCCUCCCGCUCGUCUUUCCCCGGCUCCCGCUGCCCCUGGCCGCCGCCCGCGCGCCGGCCUCUCUUCCUCGUCGGGGCCAGGCGCCCUCAGCCCCUCGACCGACAGCUCAGAGGAAGCAGAAGAACGGGGCCGCCAGGCAGGAGCAGGCCCCCGCCUGCGAGUAUCUGCGCGAAGGGAUGUUGUUGAAAGGCUUAUUCAAGCAGAUGUUGCCGAAAACGCUUUGAAAAACACAAUAGAAUCCGAAAUACCCACAAUCAGUAUUGUAGCUGAUGAAGAAUUCCUUCCUUUCAAAGAAAACACAUUCGACCUCGUUGUCAGUGGACUGAGCUUGCAUUGGGUAAAUGACCUUCCCAAAGCACUGCAUGAGGUACAUCGAAUCCUUAAACCUGAUGGAGUAUUUAUUGGCUCUAUGUUUGGGGGAGACACAUUAUAUGAGCUUCGUUGCUCUUUGCAGCUGGCAGAACUGGAAAGAGAAGGUGGAUUUGCCCCACAUGUAUCUCCAUUUACUGCCGUCAGUGACUUGGGACAUCUCCUGGGAAGAGCUGGCUUCAACACACUGACUGUGAGCAUUGGCUCCUCCAGCUCUUUUGGACUUAAGCUCCCAGAAGCUCCAAUCAGCUUUGCCAACAGUCAUGAAUUUUGGGAGCUGAAGUGAAAAACAUCUGGAAGACCAAAGUUUGGGAAACACUGGAUUAAAGGCAUUUAUAAUGAAUAUGAAAGCUUAUUAAUCAAUAUAUUACUUACUUUAUGUUGUGUGACAUUUGGAAAGGGGAAUAAUGAUGAGCUACUGUACCCCCCCCCCAAAAGGGGCAGGGGAUUAUGGAGCAGUGACUUACAGUAAAACAGGAUUUUGGCCAUAUACUUA